GUGCAGUGGUGAUGUCUUCUUUGCGACGCGUAUGUGUCUGUUUGUUUACAAAAUCGUAACAUGCGGCAAGCGGUUAAUGAAAAACCAAGGGUGAUUAAUCGUCGUGUAUGAACGCCACUCGGACACACGAUAUGCGUUCCGUGCUGUAGCUCCGCUAAGUGAAUAUUCGUCGCGAGAAGGGAAUCCUCUAGAUGGAUAAUGAGUGAGUCCGAUGACACGGACGUUCUACUCCUGAUCCCGCCCGACAUAUUCCACGUCCCGUCUCCCGACUCAGAGUCCAGCUCGAGCGAUCUCGUGAGAACGAACUGCGGAAAGACCAGCGUUAUCUCGGAACUGGUGGAGCACAUGCAAUCGCUCGAGUCCCGGAUUUCCGCCAUCGAAUCCAGGGACAACAGUCUGGACGUGUCUGCGUUGAACAAUUCGUUGGACUCUCACGGAGCCCACAGCGGCACAUGUCACUCUUAUUAUCGGCAAACUCUGCCCAGAACUAAGUUCUCCGUAAGUCAAGGCGGCAGUCUGCAAAAUAGCCCCGUAAAACCUCGCCAGUCUCUCUCCGUUCCUGCUACUCCGAGCGGACGUACGUCGCAGACCUGUACUAAUUCUCUGGGGAAUGAUAUGCGUUCGGGACGCUGCUCCUUGACAGCCUCUAUCGCGAAACCGACUACUACUACUACUAACACUCUCGCUCGGGCCAAGCAUGAUGCUGUAACGUCGUUCUCCGACUCCUAUGUGGUGCCUCCUUCUGCUUCCUGUGGUAUUGGGCUUCCGCAUGCCACUGCUACAUCCGCGAGAAAGGAAUCUCAUUUGUCUCUCCGUUCGAACGACUACUGUGCGAGUAAAGUUACUUCCUAUCUUAAACCCUAUGAUUCCUUGCAUUCUACGAUACUUGCAUCAAACUUAUCUAACACCUCGAUAGGUCAGCAGCAUACCCGUACUAGAAUAGUGCAAGAAAUGGAGCUGUCUGAGGUCGAUGAGUUGCUUCAGGAGAUGGAGGCCACUGAGUUAGAAUUAGCUAAAAGGAUAAAUAGCACUGGUGGAUAUAAAUAUCAUAAUGAACCGGUUCAGUCAGUGUCGUUGACUCGAAUCGCUGAUAGUAUGGAUAGUCAAGAGAAAGAGACGCAACUCAAGCUCAGUGGCACGAAUCGACGACUGGACUUCCAAUCGUGCAAUAAGGAGUCGCAAUCGACUGAUGUUUUAUCAGCAAUCUCCCAAAAGAAAUGUGCAUUUCCCGAUAUGUCAUUACCAUAUAGUGAUUCAUUCCACUUAGACGAGACUGAUAAAAUGAUUUCUGAGUUUAAAACUUGGGAGCAAAGUGUUCAGCAGUCCGCCCCACGGCCAAACGGAUGUACGACAGAAAGUGUCAAAAAUACAGAUCACUUAUCCAAUGUGUUGUCUGCCACGAUUGUCGCUAAACCGAAAGAGCCAAAAUUGAGUCAGAGUAAUUUAUGUACAAAUGAAACAAGCAGCGCGCAAAUUCAGUCAAAAUCCUCAACUAUGAGAGCAGAUCCUGUAUCACGUGUUACUGAAUCAAUCAAAUUAGCUGAUUUUGUACCAACAAAAGCUGUGCAGUAUAGUAAUACUGACCAUUUGUUGGAUCUUUACAAAGUAUCACAGCGUAAUGAAAACUUGCAUGAUGAUAAAGAAAAAUAUGAACUUUCCAAAAACUCUGUGCACGUUGGAACAAAUACAGAUCCUCAGUUAAGGAAAUGUCAAAGGCUCUUGUCACUAUCAGAUUUUUGGGAUACUAAUCCAACUAGGUUGCAAGAAGAAACGCUUAGAAUCAAACUGGAAGAAGAGAAAUUUCGCAGAGAGCAUUGCGAACAACUGAUUCAAGAACUUCAGAAACGUCUGCUGGAGCAACAAGAGAAGGUAGCAGUAGCAAUUAGAGUGGACAAUGACAAAAACGUCUUGAUAUCUCAAUUUCAUACAGCUUGGUCAAAGUUGAAGCAGCAAGUAGAAAUAUUGGAGACUGAACACAGAAGUUCACAGACUAAUCUGCAAAAUGUCACAGAGAAACAUCAAUCCGAAGUUGCGGAAUUUCAGUCUCAAAUCAAACGUCUCGAACGAGAAUUGUCGAAAGCCUUAGACUUGGCAGCUGGAUAUAAAGAAAAGAGCGACACUACGACCAAAGAGAAAAUCGACCUUCUGAAAACCCACGCAGACGAGUUAGAAAGUUACAAAUCUUUGGUUCAAGAAGCGGAAAACAGAUACGAACAAAUGAAAAUAGAAUUCAACGCUCUCCUGGAGAAAAAUCAACAGAAAGAAGAGACACUGAGAGCAAUGCAAUCAGAAUUGAGUAAGGAACGUUUCAGAGAAACGGAAGUGAGAAACGAGAUGGGUCUUAUUCGUAAAGCAUUGGACACUUGCGAAGCGGAAUUGAUAGUGCUAAAACAAGAGAAGGAGCACAUGCAGCUCAAACUUAAAGAGGAGAUAAGCAGAAAUUCUAUUUUAGAACAAAAGAAUUCGUCGCUGCUUGUAUCUAUCGACGACGCUAAGAAAGCAGAAAAAUUAGCAAAGGAUGAAAUCAAGUCCGUCGCGGAACAAAAGGAAAAUAUCAGAGCAGAAUUGCAGGAAGUUUACCAGAAACAAGUGGACGAGGUGGUGAAGGCGAAACUACAAGAGUUUCAGAUGCAACUUGACACAGCCGAGUCCGAAUUUUUGGAGGAAAUGAAAACAAGGCAGCAAGUUAUAGCUGAAUGCGCUGCCAGGAAGAUAAAGGACGUCAUCGACAAGCAUCAUUUGGAAAUAAAUUUGUUAGAGGAGAAACAUAAAGAAGAAAAACGAUUGUACGAAUUGCAGUUGGCUCAAGCUUUGCAGAAGUCAUCUAUAUUGGAGACACACUUGAAUUCUCAGCGUGCCACGAAGUCCCAACUUGCAGAACAGUUGCAUUCAGUCAUGCAGAAACAAUGGCAGCAAGCUCUACACAUUAUAUCGGGUGGUAACACGGACAAUUUAGCUCCGAUUCAAAAGAUUCACGCGGACAAAUCCUUUGACUUGAUCAAAGGUCCCGUGAAGUCCGAAUCAAUGCCAAAUUGUUACACUAAACUUUCCCAGGAACCGAUAAGAUACGUGAUGCAAUCGUUGGAAGCGCAAACUCCAAUCGCUGUGCAACCUCUUGACGAUCAGAAUGAAAGCGCGAUCACGAUGAACUCUAUAGAAAAUACGCCGUUGACUAGUAGAAACAGCUCGAAGGACGAUCUUCGGAAAUACGUGAAAAUGAUCGCAGAGAUGCAGCUAGCGAGAGAAGAUAUCACAAAGUGCAGAAACUCCAUUUCGAGCCCACCAUUGAUGUGCAGAGAGGUACCGCGAAAACAUUACAUGAAGAAAGAAUUAAGUAUCAAGAGCGAGGAUAGCAUUUCAUGGCAGCCAAUUCCCGAGGCUUGUAUACACGAUGUUGACGAAAACGUGCCUACCUCGCAGAAGAUUACAAAAAUGGAUCAACAGAGAAAUAAGCCUCCCUGGAAAUGACACGUAACCUACGACGACAACGACGACGUCAAUAAUACUGAAGGUGUGGACGAACUUGAUCGCAUUAACUGAAUUCGAUACAGUGCAACUUAAGUAGCAGUAACACCGACUUUUGUACGACAGAUUCCAAUAUCUAUUUUUCGACAUGAAGAGAAUUUAAUAAAAAUCUUUUAUAUAUA